AUGGAGAGCCAGCAGCAGCAGCAGCAGAUACAGGGGAACCAGCAGCAGCGACGGCAGCAGAGCCAACGACAGGAGCAGCAGCAGCAGCAGCAGCAGCAGCAGCAGCAGCAGCAGCAGCAGCAGCAGGGGGGGGUGAUUGUGGGGCGGAUCGGGGUGACGCAGCCGCGGCGAGUUGCUGCAGUGGCGCUGGCCGCUCGGGUGUCUCGGGAGGUGGGAUCGGAUCCCGGGGGAGUUGUGGGGUUUAGCGUGCGUUUCGGGUGUACGUACACCGCAGCGACGCGGCUGCUGUUUGUGACGGAAGGAGUUCUUCUUCGGGAAGCUUUCAGAGACCCUCACUUACAUCAUUUUGGAGCUUUUGUUUUGGACGAAGUCCACGAAAGGUCGCUGCAGCAAGAGUGUCUUUUGGGGCUUUUCAAACCCCUUUUGAGGGUUCGCAAAACCCUCAAACUCGUCCUCAUGAGCGCCACCCUCGACCCCACACCUCUCCUCGCCUUCCUCCGCGCCGCCGGGAUCGGGAUCGGGAUCGGGAUCGUCUCGAUCCCACACCGCUCCUUCCCCCUCAGGACCCUCUACGCCCCGGCGCCCCAGGACGACUACCUCGAGGCGGCCCUGCUAACAGUGCUUCAAAUCCACUUGGCCACUGAAGACUCCCAAGGAGACAUUUUGGUCUUUUUGCCCGGCCAGGAAGAAAUCGAAGCUCUUCGGGCUUUGCUGCAUGCAAAACUCCAACAACUCCACAAGUGUGGGGCCCCACACCCCUCGGGGGCCCCCCAGGGGGCCCCCCAGGGGGCCCCCCGGGGGGCCCCCCGGGGGGGCCCCAGGGGGGCCCCCCAGGGGGCCCUACAGGGGGCUCCACACCCCCCUGGGGCCCCCCAGGGGGCCCCCCAGGGGGCCACGCAGGGGGCCCCGGAAGGGGCCCCCCAGGGGGCCCCCCAGGGGGCCCCUGAGGGGUGUGGGGCCCCAGAGGGGGCCCCCCAGGGGCCCCCAGAGGGGGCCCCCUGGGGGCCCCCAGAGGGGUGUGGGGCCGCUGAGGUUAUUUUGGCGACAAACAUUGCGGAGACUUCUUUGACAAUUCCUGGAGUUCGAUUUGUUGUGGAUUCGGGAUUAAAAAAGUCAAAAGUGAUGAAUUACAAAACCCACGUCGAGGCCCUCCAGCUGCAGGAAAUAUCGAAAGACUCAGCAGACCAAAGAGCCGGCAGAGCAGCCAGAGAAGGCCCAGGGACUGUUUACCGUCUGUACACCGAGGAGUGUUACCGGCAAAUGGCGCCCCACAGAAAACCCGAAGUCCUUUCUUGCGACCUUUCGCAGCUUUUUCUCCAGCUCAAGGUGCUUGGGGUUUCAAAUCCUCUGGAGUUUCCUUUUCUGGAUGUUCCGCCAAAAGAGGCUUUUGCUGCUGCUGGGAGAAAUUUGUACCGCCUGGAAGCCAUUGACGAAAAGGGAGAACUCACCAAACUGGGGCGGCAGCUAACUUUGCUGCCGCUGCCGCCAGCUCUUGGGGCUUUGCUGCUGGCAGCAACUUCUUUGAAUUGUUUGGAAGGGGCCCUCACUUUAGUGGCAAUGCUUUCUGCGGAAAACGUGUGGGCCACUCCUUUCGCCUUGUCCCGCAAAAAGGCUGCAGCUCUGAGCAAAGCCAGACAACAAUUUACAGAUCCCACCAGCGAUCACCUCACCUUGGUUGGCGCCUACAACUGCUGGGCACGGGCAGAAGACCCUCUCGUGUUUUGCCGCGAGACGGGGCUGCAGCACUCGGCGCUGCAAAGGGCCAAACUGAUUCGGGAGCAGCUGCAGCAGGAAUUGCGGGGCAUGGGGUAUACAGACCCCGCGCUGCAGCAGCAGCAGCAGCAGCAGCAGCAGCAGCAGCAGCAGCAGCUGCAGCAGCAGGCGCUGGACCUUAGGCGGUGUCUUGCUAAAAGCUGCUGGCAGCAAACAGCAAAGCUGCAGGCAGAUUCCCGUCAGUACAUCACAGUGGUGAGUGCAGCCACAAACCCCACAAAUCAAAAAGCAGCAGCAGCAGCAGCAGCAGCAGCAGCAGCAGCAGCAGCAGCAGCAGCACUAGUUGCAGAAGCAGCAGCAGCGGCACCAUCGACAGCAGCAGCAUGA